UCUGCUCCACAGCAGCUGCUCGACAUUUUUUUCUCAAAUCGAUCUCAGAUCUGAACAAACCACUUUCUGCUUUGGAGAGCUGAGCCACUUUGGGCUUGUAGUCUCGCGCAUCCGGUGCGUCUGGGAUUUUACCCUCAAACCAGAAAUAAGAACCAGAACCUCUGCAGAUCUGAAAAAGUACCGAGUGCUGUGGAGGAACUGCGGGGCUGCAGGCGAAGGUCUGGAGAGCUCUGAGGUCGCGCUGCUGGCACCGAGGCGCACAGAUGGUGUUUCUGUGGGAUGCAAAAUACGAUCCAGCCCCUGGCAGGCGAUACACUCCCCCCUCCACCUCUCUUGCCUCGGGGGGGAAAAUGGCCGAGGCUUUGCCUCUAGGAGCCCAGGAGGCUGGUGGAGGGGCCGCCGUGAUGGGCAAGUUCCGCAUAGCGGACCACGGCAUGGCUGAAGUGAUUUCUGAUCAUCCAGGAGAGCUGGUAAAAACUGACAGCCCAAAUUUCCUCUGCUCUGUCCUGCCCACUCACUGGAGGUGUAACAAGACUCUUCCCAUUGCUUUUAAGUUAGUGACCCUGGGCGAUAUUCCUGAUGGCACUUUGGUAACUGUGAUGGCUGGAAACGAUGAGAACUAUUCAGCAGAGCUUCGCAAUGCCACCGCGGUCAUCAAGAAUCAAGUGGCUCGAUUCAAUGACCUGCGAUUUGUCGGCCGCAGUGGGAGAGGAAAAAGCUUCACUUUGACGAUCACGGUGUUCACCAACCCUCCCCAAGUGGCUACAUAUCAAAGAGCUAUCAAAAUCACAGUGGAUGGUCCCAGAGAGCCACGACGUCAUCGUCAGAAGCUGGACGAGGUCAAACCUGGCUCACUGGCUUUCUCUGAGAGGCUUACAGAGCUGGAACAGCUGAGAAGGAGCUCUAUCAGAGUAACGCCUCCUCAUAAUCAUCAUCAUCAUCAGCAAUCUGCAAACAGCCACCAAUCUGCAGUCCUCACUUCGGCAACAUUUUCCAGCCCUCCACACUCUGGACUAACAGCUGAGUCCAGACAGAUACAAUCUUCUCCAUCCUGGUCCUAUGAUCAGUCUUAUCCCUACCUCGGCCAGAUAACUACUCCCACUGUUCACACAACUGCUCCACUUUCACCUGGUCGCUCUUCUCUUGGUGACCUGUCCUCAAGACUCACAGGUCCUGACCUUACAGCCUUUGGUGACCCCAGGAUGGCUUUGGAGCGUCCUUUUAGCUCCCUUCCCUCCCUGCCCGACUCUCGUUUCUCUAACCCUCGGGUGCACUAUCCUCCUACAGGAGCUGCAUUCACAUACACCCCAACCCAUAAUCCAGUCUCUAAUGGUGCCAUCAGCAUCACUAUGGCAACAGCCAUGGCAACCACCCAAACAGGACGGUACCAUACAUAUUUGCCUCCACCGUAUCCUGCAAACACCCCUCACCAAGCUCAGAAUGGGCCGUUCCAGUCUACUUCAUCUCCAUACCACCUCUACUACUCAGCCACCACCGGCUCAUACCAGUUCUCUAUGAUGGCUGGGGGAGCAGGCGGCAGUGACUCACAUUCUCCACCUCGUAUCCUCCCGCCUUGUACCACUGCAUCCACAGGUUCUUCUCUUCUACACCCUUCUUUGCCCAAUCAGAAUGAGGGAGUGGGUGUGGAGGUGGAAUCCAGCCACAGUAGCUCACCAACAAACAUGGUUGCUGCUGAAGCUGUUUGGAGACCAUAUUGAGUCACCUGAGACAGUGAUGACAGAUGUUCUACUCUUAUCAUGGCAAUGCUGCAAAGAGUAGACUCACCUGAAAUAAGUAUAUUUUAUAUAAUGACAACUCAAGGACUAUGUGAGUCUUAUCUUUACAUCAUUUAAGUUGUUUGACUGUGGCGGUUCUAGACUAGGUUUACCGGCAGGGGGUGGAGCAGUUCUUUUUCAUUGAGGCACAGUACAAAUAAAUAAAUAACAGGACAAUAUGUCAUAAGUUAAGUAAGCCACAGAACCAUUUGGUUCUCCAGAGUUGCAGAUUGCAGACCCCUGAAAAUACAGAUGAAAACUGUCAUUCUAUCUCAAUGCGGCUGAAGCCAGAAGAGCAACACUUUAAAGGUGCAGCAUGAAACUUUUAUAAAUACUUUUUUUUUUUUUACAUAUUUGUUGAAGCUGUCACCAUGUCAUGGUUUGAG